AUGCCGAAGAAAGUGCAAAGUGAGCCCGCUUUACCAAGCUUAGCAGCAUCGAAUUCGGACAAUAUCGCAUCGGCGAUUGUCGAUGAUGACGACACAACUGUUGGCGGUGAAAAUGGUAACGGUUCUGUCAAUAGUAAUGGCAAUGGCAAUGGCAAUGGAAGCAACGGACCAUUCUAUGCAUCAUCAUCAUCCAACACUAGUCAAUCUUCAAUACCGAACUCACCACUUUUACACAGAAGUGACUCGAUGACAUCGGUCCCCUUCUUGGACAUGUCCAAGCUAAUGUUUGCCAACGACUUCGACUUUGGGUUCGACUUGAAUGGAGUCAGAAACAAGACUAGAGGUCGAAUGAACAGUAUCAAGAAGAAAACAAAGGAAACGUUCAAUAUAUACAACAAGAAGGGCAAUAUUGAAUUGGACAAGCUACAGGAAAUCUUGAACCAGAGACUCGUCAAGUUCGAUGAGCGGAUACACAAGAACCUAACAAGCUCGAGCACGGAAAAGCUAUUUUACGCCCUAAGUGUGUUUCUAAUUGCCUGUGCUGGAUUUGUUAUUGGCAAAUAUCCCGAAUUUUUUCCUCAUUUCCACACUGCAAUAUUCAUCGUGUUGAUGCCUAUUCGGUUCUAUACUUAUUUCAAGCAAUCUUUCCAAUACUACUUGGCCGACUUGUGCUACUAUGUCAAUUUGCUAUUGAUGUUGUUCAUUUGGGUGUUUCCCCAAUCGCCAACCUUGUUUGUCUCGGUUUUCUCCUUGUCGUUGGGAACUUUGUCGUGGGCCGUGAUUACUUGGAGAAACUCGUUGGUGCUCCAUUCGGUUGAAAAGACAACUUCGUCGUUUAUACACGUGAUGCCACCGGUAACCAUGUUUGUCAUGGUUCAUGAACUCGACCCUGAGUACCAGCGGGAGAGGUACCCCGGUAUUGCCGCGAUUGAUAGAUGGAGCUUUGCCACCAGUUUAAUCAUCACUUCUGUCUACUACACAAUCUGGCAAGUGAGCUAUCACUAUUUCAUCACCAUUAGGCGUAAAGAUGAGAUUGAAAAGGGGAAAGUGACAUCUUUCUCCUAUUUAAAGAAGAAGAACAAGUCUACUCCCUUGGGCAGAUUUGUCAAUGGCUUGCCAUAUUUGUGGAUGCAGACGCUUGCAUUCACCAUGAUCCAAUUUGGCUAUCAAUUGCUUACAAUGUUGCCGUGUCCCAUUUGGUUCACUUAUAAACACGCGUGCGGCACGUUUGUUUGCUUUAUUUUCAUCUGGGCUAGUUACAACGGCGCCACUUGGUACAUUGAUGUUUUUGGUAAACGCUUGGAGAAGGAAGUUGACAAGUUGAAAAGGGAAGUUGGCAAAUUACAACAGGAGAAUGAGAAACUACAGUUUUCUCCUGUUAAUAAACCUCAAGUGUCCGCUGAUGAUGUUAAAUUUGACGAUUUGAAUGGCGGAUUGAAGAAAGACGAGGACAAGGACGAGAACGAGAACGAGGACGAGAACAACGACACUAUCAAGGCUACUACUACUUUUGAGGAGGUGCCAAACAAAGUAACUGCAAAGCAGAAACUGGAAUCCGAAGCUUCUGGGGCGUCUGAAGCAUCCACAGAGCCUGAAGAGUCCGUGGAGUCAAGCGUAAACUCCGAAGAAAAAAAUAUCAAUCCAGUCAAAGCAGUUGGUGAAAGCCUUAAACCCAUCAUAGAGCCCACUCCAUGA